AUGUUCAACGCUCUCAACCGGUUCAUGUCCCGCCUGGAUGGCGAUGCCCCGCAACGUCAACACGAUCGCGACUCGUUUGGCUUCCAGGUGCUACGAAACACGAACCUCGAUCUACCAAUUGAGCCCUGGUUUGAUUACAUUGUUGGAAUUAAUGGAAGGCCAAUUGACAACCCCGACGCGAGCUUGUUUGCGCAGGAGGUUCAGAACUGCGCCGGCGGAACAGUGACGUUUGGAUUAUGGAGCGCAAAGGGCCAACGAAUAAGGGAAAUGCACAUUCCCGUGCCCGUGGAUACCGCAGCUCUUGGGCUCUCCCUCCAGUUCGCGCCCAUCUCGCUUGCAGCUAAUAUCUGGCAUGUCCUUGACGUCCCGGCUAAUUCGCCCGCCGAUCUUGCUGGACUACUGCCGUAUAGCGACUACAUUCUCGGCAGCCCAGAAGGUGCUCUACACGGUGAAAGUGCUCUCGGUGAGCUCGUGGAAGACUUCAUUGGACGACCUCUGCGGUUAUACGUCUACAACAACGAGUACGACGUAUCGCGCGAGGUCACAAUACAGCCUAGUCGAAAUUGGGGCGGAGAUGGGGCUCUGGGAUGUACUCUGGGCUACGGAGCGCUGCACCGGCUGCCAGCUCCGUUGAGCGAACCUGUCAAUGCCCCUGGCGAGACAAUGUUCGAUGGCGAGUUUAACGAGAAGAGCGGAGGCGAACUCAUCGCGACACAGUCCAGCCCUCCACCGCCCCCAACAGGCGGCGACUUUUUGGUUCCCGCGCAAAUAGUCAGUGCGGCGCCAGCGAGUGCGCCUCCACGAGGUGGGACACCGCGAGGUGGAAAGAAGAAAGAACGCCACGCGCCCAACAAUUUCAUGGAUGACUAUCUCAAGGAAGAAGAGCAGAAGAGCUUGGCGCUGGAUAAUGCACCUAAAAGCAAGGGUACAGGUCUACCACCGCCCCCCAAAGGCGCCGGCGGUCCACCAAAAGCCGAGCACAAAGAAGAUGCGGUAGAUGAUGGUGGAGCAUGA